CGCUUUGGAGCAAGCAUUGGCCAAUGAGAGAGCUGUGAAAGCCCAGGCGUCUGCUGAAGGUCCAUCAGAUCACCCUACGCUCAUUGUGGGCUUUUCUCCCAAGUCAAAGCUUUGUACUUACCCCGUUCAUCUAGGUUUCCCUCAGGGAGGAUUGAGAUAGGCUCUGAGCAAAGCUGAAUCCUCUACUAGUCGGAAAAGCUUGAACUCAUAAAGGCGCGAGAUGAGGCAUUAUCGCGUGCUAGUAGCCUAACUUAAGUGUCACUAUACCUGCUGGCAUGGAGUCCGAUGACGACUUGCUGGGGCUACCGUGAUCGUCGCGCUGACCGUCGUGUAGUAUUGGUACUAUGCCUCGUUCUGUAAGCUCUAGCGCGGUCCUGACGUCACAUUCACGUUCCUCCACCGAUUCAUCGGUGUCAUCCAGCCCCGAAACAAAUCGACGUCGAGGAUCUUCUCCCCUUGUCUCACCCAUAUCUCCUAGUCGUUUAUCUACCACCCGUCAAACUGUGCAGCCAAAUCUUUCGGAUUCCUAUCACGACUCACCAACCCCUCGGUACCGUGCACCUCCAGUUCCAGUUCCAGUCCCAGCUCGUCAGUCAACUGUAAUGCCCGAUAUUAACGAUGACCAGACGCUCUUACUGGCAACCAUUAUACCCAUACCUGAUGACUGUGAUUCUGAGAUGGACGAUGAGUCUGUCAAUCUCAUGUCUUUCUCGACUGCCUACAAGGUGUAUCCUCCGGCACCCAGUCAACAACGCUCAUUCUCUCCCCGCUCCGAUCGUUCAACGCCUUAUACUAGUUCUGAUGUAUUGUCAAAUGGAAAACCUUCAGAGACAGUACUUGUUGAAGACGCUCUUAUAGCUCGAGCAGAGCAAGCACAGAGUGCUGCGGAACGAUUGCUCAAGCUGAACGACCCGGAUGGUGAGGAUAACCAGCACUCCACAAUUCCUCCGUCGCUACUCCUUGGACGUAGCGGAUCUGCGACGCCAAAAUCCAAGGCGCAAAAUGCACCAGCGAUAAUACGAAGCCUGGCUCCUCCUCCUGUGACUCCGGACAACCGAACCGCAGCUAUCUUCCGCCGGGCAGCGUUAUUCAAGAAUAGUCCUGCAAACAUCAAAGCUGUAGACAACCUCGUGAAGCCAGUUCAAGACCAGGUACAUGAGACUGGUUGGUGGUUGAAACGCAUGUUCACCCUCGGACAUGCCACACCCCUCAAAGCAACUGCAUUUGAAGAUCGAGUACUAGAACCCAACGACUAUAUUACCCCGCUGGAAAGCGAUCAAACUGACAUUCGGGUUCUCCAAAAGUUGGUGUUGUUGUGCAGCAGCAAUCCUAUACCUUCCGCAACGACGUCUCCUUCGAGUCCAGGACUGGGGCUUCCUUCCACUGUUUCGCCUUUCCUUGGCAUCAGUCGCUCUCUUCCUGAUCCCUGACAUGUGGACCAAGGAAAAGAGCUUUGAACGGCUAUUCAAUGCUCUGAUUAAGUUUCUUGAUCCUUUAAGGGAUGCAGAGCAACUUGAAUACGGCCUCAUAGUGCUCUACCCAGCAUUAUCAUAGAAUUCUGCGACCGAGUACGCGGCAGUGCUUGUUGUAACAGCUUACUGUGAUUGAUGUAUCAUCUGCUAUCCAGUGUCGAUGGUAAGGGGGAUGAGUACUGCUAACUUUCAAUUUCAUUCAUUGUUUGUAGGCUCCAUCGAGCGACCUGGAUUUCCACAGA